AUUUGUUCUACAAGAAAAAAAAAAAACAAAGCAACACAAAAUAUCAUUUUUACUUUCUUCUACACACAGCUAUGGCGUUCUCUGCAACCAUCACUACACCAAAUCACUCGUCUUCUCUCAUACGCUUCUCCAAUCCAAGCACCGCAUCACUCUCGCCUUUCAAUUCCGUUUCCUUUAGAUUCUCAACAUCAAAUCCUAACCGUCCGUCGCUUCUCUCCGUCCGAUCAUCGCUCUCUCCUCCAGCUGCACCGGCGACGGCGGCAAGUGAGGAAGCGGCGCCGGCGAUUUCGUUGACGGAGAGCGCGUUGAAACAUUUGAAUAAGAUGAGGAAGGAGAGAAGCGAGGAUUUGUGCUUGAGAAUAGGAGUUAAACAAGGGGGUUGCUCUGGCAUGUCUUAUACUAUGGAUUUUGAGAGUAAAGAGAAUGCUAGACCUGGUGAUUCUAUCAUUGAAUACAACGGUUUUGUCAUCGUUUGCGAUCCAAAGAGCCUCCUGUUCAUGUUCGGGAUGCAGUUGGAUUAUAGUGAUGCUCUAAUUGGUGGAGGUUUCUCUUUCAAGAACCCAAAUGCAACGCAAACAUGUGGUUGUGGUAAAUCUUUUGCAGCAGAAAUGUGAAAUCAUGUAUGUAUACAGAAUUAUGAAGGAUAGUAGAGUAUAUAUGCCAAUAACCGAAUUUGUGUAUCAACAUUAAGUUUGAUGAUAAUAUCACAUGAUGUUAGUUCAAAAA